CAGCGAGUUCCCCAGCCGCCGGGAGGCUUGGUUGACUUGUCGUCGUGUUCCUGAGGCGGGAGGCGGCGCUUCCAUUGGAAAGUGGAAUACCAUAGAAAUAUAAUAGACACCGACCUUCGCACUUUUCCGUCUUAUUCACUCAGCUCAACUCAGCAACACUCAGAAACAAUCUAGAGAAACACCUUUUCAAUACUCGAUUCAAAUAUCAACAGAUCGACAGGAACCUCCCGCAGAUCUUGCACUGUUUACAUCUCCGUCUCUACCAACAUCCAGAGCCAGUUAUCAUAACUGCUCUUCAACCUCACCUCUACAUCCACAUCUAAUACACAACAACCACCUUCACAAAAUGGAGACCUCACCGCAACACUCCCGAUCUUCCUCCUCCGCUUCGCGUCGCUCAAACCUCACCCUCGACCUUUCUAAUAUCCCACCCAUGACCCCGCCUACGCCUCCUUCAAACACCCUCCUCUUCACCAACCUCACCGACCCGGCCAUCUUCCUCCCCGAGAACCUCCAGGUUAUCCGCGAUCUCAUCACCCACUCCGCACCCAUCCACGCUUUCGCGCCGCUAAAAUCAUUCCGUCGCAUUGUCGUCUCCUUCUUUGACGAGCAGGCUGCUAUCGCCGUUCGCCAAGUAUGGGAUAACGAGGCAAUCAUGGGUCAGCAGUGCCGAGUCUACUUUGGCAUGCCUACACCCGUCGAUAAGCGCGAUGAGCACCUUGCUCUUCCUGAUGCUGGCAAGCUCUUCUUCAUCUCGCCGCCACCUAGUCCUCCCCAUGGCUGGGAGAUGCGCCUCGAGGAUGCGCCCAACAAGCUGGUCCACGCUGAGGAUCUCGCUGAUGCGCUUGCUAAGCUGCACCACCGCCCUGGACCUAUGGAUGAGGACCAAGACUCACCUGUCACUCCUCCCGACUCUGCGCUGCCUGGCCGAACACGCUCGCGCUCUUCUACUCUCAUCUACAAGCCUGAGGAUGCGGCAAGCACCAUGCCUGCCGUCAUCGUCGACGACAUGACGGAUGAGCCCGAGGAAGUCAGCCCUGUGGAGCAGUCGAAGCCUAUCUUGGCACACACUGCCCGACCUCCUGUUGAGCUUAUGCACCACGCUUAAGCUUGUCGCAUGAACCUUUUCAAUCAUAUUGUGAAUUACUUUGGCGUUAAGGGCACGGAUAACGGUAACUGGGGAUCGGUGACGGCACGAUUGAGCGGUCUGUCUACCUAGGGUUACAAUGGAGCAUUGCAUCCUCUUCAGCAUGUGUUGUAGGAGUUGGUAAAAUAUGUCUUUUGGGGUUACUAUCACGGAAAUGGCGGUAAAUAUGCCACAUAUCGUUGGCUUUUACCUACUGGCGCAACUGUACAAAAUAGCUAGUGGCUUAACAGCAGUUCUGAAAUCAGAAUGACACCACACAUAUUGUUUUCAACCACGCUCAAAUGAUUUGACUUAUUGACGACCUUUCCCAGUAAUUGAUCAAAACACAAUACUAAUCAGCCCA